CGAUUUUCAUAAUAAAAGAAAAAAUGCAUAUUUCCAUAUAAAAAAAUAGGAUAACUAGUAUAUACGCCGCAGCAAAAAAAAACUUACUUUAAGUAGAGGAAAGUCGCUGAUACCGACAUAGGUCUUUUAAAGCGACAUCCCUUUAUUUCUCAGAAACUAUAGGGAAGAUCGGGGUGGGGUAGACUAUCAGUAGACUAAAUAGAAUAACUAAAUAAAAACUUGAGGCUACGUUACAAAUCGCGCGAAACACGCGUAAACGUGUCUAAGUAUUCAGCGACUGCCGCUGUUUGCUGUGAUAUUUCGACGCGUCUGUCGUAGAAGUUACGCUACAAUUUAAAAAAUCAUACACAUUAUCCUAGAUUAUUCUAGAGUAUAUAAGAAUCAUGGAUGACAAAGAAACAUGUAGAUCGUGGAAGGAUAUUGAUUCCAGUGAGGAAAUUGUUAUUUCUGGUAUUGCUGGUAGAUUUCCUAAUUCAGAUAAUAUGAAUGAAUUAAAAGAAAAUUUAUUCAAUAAAAUUGAUCUUGUAAGUGCAGAUCAUAACCGAUGGGAAACAGGGCAUGCGGAAUUGUCACGCCGUAUGGGAACUAUCAAUAAUAUAGAAAAAUUUGAUGCGGAUUUUUUUGGAUUAUCUUUUGAUCAAACACACACACUUGCACCUGAAGUGAGAAUGUUAUUGGAACAUUCUUACGAAGCAAUUAUGGAUGCAGGGAUCAAUCCAAAGCAAUUACGAGGAAAAAAUACUGCCGUAAUUACAGGAUCAUCAUAUAUUGAAACACAAAAAACAUUGCUUUUUAGAGACAUUCAGAUAAAUGAAAAUGUUUAUGGAUGCCAUAAAUCUGCAGUGGCAAAUAUGAUUUCGUAUUGCUUGGAUCUGAAAGGACCAUCUUAUAAUAUCGAUGCAGCAUGCAGUUCUAGUCUUUAUGCUCUAGCCAUUGGUUAUGAAUAUAUCAUGUCAGGCAAAUGCGAAGACGCAAUAAUUGGAACAACAAAUUUAUGUCUUUAUUCCAUAAUAAACCUGCACUUCAGUCGACUUGGUGUUUUGUCACCCAACGGUAUUUGCAGUCCAUUUGAUAUCGCUGCUAACGGUUAUUCGCGUAGCGAAACAAUUGCAGCAGUAUAUCUUCAAAAAGCGAAAAAUGCUAAGAGGAUUUAUGCCAUAUGUCCCCAUAUAAAAUUAAACGACGAUGGUUUCAAAGAAGAAGGAAUAACAUAUCCUUCAUCACAAAUACAAUGUACCUUAUUAAAGGAAUUUUACGAAGAAUACAAACUACCAACAUCUUGUUUGGAUUAUAUCGAAGCACAUGGUACCGCUACCAAAGCUGGUGAUCCACAAGAAGUUAAUGCUAUCUAUAACAGUUUGUGUAAAAAUAGAGAAACUCCAUUAAUGAUCGGCUCCGUGAAAUCUAAUCUCGGGCAUUCUGAGCCUGCAAGUGGUUUUAAUCAGAUCGCUAAGGUAAUAAUAGGAUUCGAAACUGGUUUUGUUCCACCAAAUAUUAAUUAUACAUCGCCAAGGAAAGAUAUAGAUGCCUUAUUAAAUGGGAGCAUUCGUGUCAUCCAAGAACAAAUGCCACUCAAAAACGGUUGUGUAGGAAUCAAUUGUUACGGUUUUGGAGGAUCAAACGCUCAUAUGUUAUUGAAGUGGAAUCCCAAACAGAAAAUUAAUAAUGGAGCACCAAAUGAUGAUUUACCUAGACUUGUCAUAUUAUCUGGACGUACUGAAGAAUCUGUGAAGUUAUUUUUAAAUGAUAUUGCUAACCAUCCAAUAGAUGUAGAAUAUAUUCGCCUGUUACAUGAUAUUCAUGCAGACAAUAUAACGGGUCAUCCAUGGAGAGGGUAUAUAAUAUUGAAUUCUUUUCAACAAGAUUCAAUAAAGGAAAUCCGAAAUUAUGAAGGCUUGAAUAGACCUGUCUGGUUUAUAUUUUCAGCCUUAGGUUCGCACUGGCCAGGAAUGGGUCAAAACUUAUUAAAGUUCCAUGUCUUUGCUAAAGCGAUAAGAAAGUGCGAUGAUAUUUUAAAGCCGUAUGGUAUAAGUGUCAUAGACAUUAUGACAAAAAUGGAAGAAAGCAUAUGCGAAAAUAGGUUAAACGUUUUUCUCGGAAUCGUCGCUAUUCAGAUUGGCUUAGUAGAUCUCCUAACAUCUUUAGGAAUUACUCCUGAUUACAUGAUUAGUCACUCUGCUGGUGAACUUGGUUGUGCAUACGCAGAUAAGUGUCUCACUAUUGAACAAACUAUUUUAUCAGCAUACUUUAUUGGUUUGGCAUGUGCCGAUGAAAAAAUAAUUCAUAGCUCGAUGAUGGUUGUCAAUAUCAAUUACGAGCAUCUUAAAAAUAUAUGUCCAGCGAAUAUUGAAAUAAUAUGCUACAAUAGUGACAACAGCAGCGUCGUAUGUGGAUCAAAGGAAUCCAUAGAAGAAUUUAUGAAAAAAUUACAGGUCAACAAUAUUUACGUGAAGAAGAUCAACUGCAACAUACCAUUUCAAAGUUCUUAA